CCUAGCGUCAUUGAAACGAGGAAAUAGAGAAGUGAAGCUUUAUGUUGUUAUUGUUCUUAUUUCUUUACGCCAGUUCUGUCUGAUCUGUCAGAAAGUGAAUGAAGCGUAUGCAAAAACAGUUUGUGAACAUUUAUCAGUCCCUUCAAGCAGAUGGAGUUUUCCAUCCAGUCCACCUGGGACAGCAGUCCUGUGGAUCAUGAUCCGAUCAAGAUCACCUUCUCUGACGGGCAAACAGGACUGACCAUGAAGGUGUCUGGCCCAUUCUUCAACGAUCCAGCAGCUCCUCCCGGACCUGCCGGCCAUGCUUUCCCUGGACUCUGGGACUAUGAAGUCGUGGAGUCCUUCUUUCUUGAUAGUACCACAGAAAAUUACCUGGAGGUGGAAGUUUGUCCACAUGGACAGCACCUGGUUUUAUUACUAUCGGGAGUUCGCCACGCCUUCAUGCAACUGCUCCCGAUGGUUUUUACUUCCAGGAUCGAAGGGGACAAGUGGACAGGCGAGGCUCUGAUCCCCUGGUCGUACUUCCCUCCCAACGUCAACAAGAUGAACUCGUACGCCAUCCACGGCUCCGGAGAGAGGCGCACCUACGAGGCUCUCUACCCCAUCCCCAAGGAGGAGGUCGCGCCAGGCCAAGCUCCCAACUUUCACCGUCUGGAGUAUUUCCAGAAUUUCCGUCUGCAGAGCAUCAUGGGGGAGGAGUGGGUCCAGCCAGAGUCGGCUCUGUGGAAGAGGAAGCAGCCCUGAACUCACUUUUUCUUCUCUGUCACACAUACACACACACACACACACACACACACACACGUAUCAGGGAAAACACACAGAUAAUGGGAAGAUGUUGGAUACAUACAUUCCUUAGAGCUCAAGAGACACACCACUGGUCUGUGUGUGUGUGUGUGUGUGCGUGUGUGUGUGUGUGUGUGUGUGUGUGUGUGUGUGUGUGUGUCCAUCAGU